CCGUGGCAGCGUGGGCAGUCCAGAUUCUGAGAGAAGCUUCAUUUUUUGGGUAGAAGACCAGGAAAGAAAGCUGCUUUGAGUAGAAGAAAGAGUUCUGGAGAUAAGAGAGCUGAAGAGUUGAGAACUGUCAGUUCAAAAGGACACUGAAGCUUUAGACACAAGAAUGGCUUGGAAGAGAAACAAGGCUGAGAGAACACGAAGGUUAAGCACAUGGAAAUUUGUUUGGCAACUCUUUUUACAUCACAGUUUCCAUUACUUGCUCCCACAAACUGGGGUUUAUCUGAUUGUGUGGUAGAUGGAAACCUCAGGAUAAAAUUCAAUGGCUGAAGGUUGAGUGAAAUUUAUCCUGGCCGUGGUUAUGAAGAGGUCCCAGAAAUCUUGGAUUGAAGGAGUGUUCAACAAGAGAGAGUGUAACAAAAUCAUACCCAGCUCUAAAGACCCUCACAGAUGCACUGCAGGAUGUCAAGUCUGUCAGAAUUUAAUCAGGUGUUACUGUGGACUAUUGAUUGGAGACCAUCAUGGGAUAGAUUAUGCUCGGACAGUCUCAGCUGCCAGCGGUAGUGAAGAUGAACAAUGGUCUGUUGAAAAGCACACCACGAAAAGCCCUACAGAUACCUUUGGCACAAUUAACUUCCAACAUGGAGAGCACAUCCACCACUCCAAGUAUAUUAGAACUUCUUAUGACACAAAGUUGGAUCAUCUAUUACAUUUAAUGUUGAAAGAGUGGAAGAUGGAACUGCCAAAGCUGGUGAUCUCCGUCCAUGGUGGUAUCCAGAACUUCAAGAUGCCCUCAAAACUUAAAGAGAUCUUCAGUCAAGGUUUGGUCAAAGCUGCAGAGACGACAGGAGCAUGGAUAAUAACUGAAGGCAUUAAUUCAGGCGUGUCCAAACACGUUGGGGAUGCCCUGAAAGCCCAUUCCUCGCAGUCCUUGAGAAAAAUCUGGACAGUUGGAAUCCCUCCUUGGGGUGUCAUUGAGAAUCGGAAAGAUCUUAUUGGAAGAGAUGUAGUGUGCCUGUACCAGACUCUGGGAAACCCCCUCAGCAAGCUCACAACACUCAACUGCAUGCACUCCCACUUCAUCCUGUCUGAUGAUGGUACUGUGGGGAGGUAUGGCAAUGAGAUGAAGCUCAGGAGGAACCUGGAAAAGUACCUCUCUCUGCAGAAGAUACACAGUUGCUCUGGACAAGGCGUGCCCGUGGUGGGGCUGGUGGUGGAAGGUGGUCCCAAUGUCAUCCUCUCAGUGUGGGAGACUGUGAAAGACAAAGACCCAGUCGUGGUGUGCGAAGGCACAGGCAGGGCUGCUGACCUCCUGGCCUUCACCCACAAACACUUAGCAGAUGAAGGGACCCUGCGUCCUCAGGUGAAGGAGGAGAUCAUCUGCAUGAUGCAGAACACCUUCAACUUUAGUCUUAAGCAGUCCAAGCACCUUUUCCAAAUUCUGAUGGAGUGUAUGGUGCACAGGGAUUCUAUAACCAUCUUUGAUGCUGAUUCUGAGGAGUCACAGGACCUUGAUUUAGCAAUCCUAACAGCUCUGCUAAAGGGCACGAAUUUAUCAGCAUCAGAACAAUUGAAUCUGGCAAUGGCUUGGGACAGAAUGGACAUUGCCAAGAAACAUAUCCUAAUUUAUGGACAACAUUGGAAGCCUGGCUCUCUGGAACAAGCAAUGUUAGAUGCCUUGGUGAUGGAUCGAGUUGAUUUUGUGAAGCUCUUAAUAGAGUAUGGAGUGAACCUCCAUCGCUUUCUUACCAUCUCCCGACUGGAAGAGCUCUAUAAUACAAAACAAGGACCAACCAAUAUGCUCUUGCAUCAUCUUGUCCAAGAUGUAAAACAGCAUACCCUUCUCUCAGGCUAUAGGAUAACGCUGAUUGACAUUGGAUUGGUAAUAGAAUACCUUAUUGGUGGAGCAUAUCGCAGCAGCUACACUAGAAAAAAUUUCAGAGCCCUCUACAACAACCUCUACAGAAAACAUAAGCAAAUGACUACUCUCACUCAAAGCCUGUCCCAGCCUGCUCUUCACCGAAGAUGCCGCUCAGGAAAUAGAAAGGAGUCUACAGAGAGCACCCUGCAUUCCCAGUUCAUUAGAACUGCCCAACCUUACCAAGUCAAGGAAAAGUCUGUAGCCCUUCAUAAAUCAAGGAAGAAGUCAAAAGAAGAACAAAAUAUAUCAGAUGACCCUGAUUCUACUGGCUUUAUUUAUCCUUAUAAUGACCUGCUGGUGUGGGCUGUGCUCAUGAAAAGGCAGAAGAUGGCCAUGUUCUUCUGGCAGCAUGGUGAGGAGGCCACGGUCAAGGCAGUGAUUGCUUGUAUCCUCUACCGAGCAAUGGCCCGGGAAGCCAAGGAGAGCAACAUGGUGGAUGAUGCCUCCGAAGAACUGAAAAAUUACUCAAAACAGUUUGGCCAGCUUGCCCUGGAUGUGUUGGAGAAGGCCUUCAAACAGAAUGAAAGGAUGGCCAUGAAACUGUUGACCUACGAACUCAAAAACUGGAGCAAUUCUACCUGUUUGAAGCUGGCUGUUUCUGGAGGGUUGAGGCCCUUCGUUUCACAUACUUGUACCCAAAUGCUACUAACUGAUAUGUGGAUGGGGCGUCUGAAAAUGAGGAAAAACUCUUGGUUAAAGAUCAUCAUCAGUAUUCUUUUCCCACCUGCCAUUUUGACACUGGAGUUUAAAAGCAAAGCGGAGAUGUCGCAUGUCCCACAGUCCCAGGACUUUACAUGGUAUAAUGGUGACCAGAACGCCGGCACUCCCAAAGAAAGUUCUUCUCAGAAAGACCGUGAUUUGGAAAGGGGACCUGAUGAGAAAACAGAUGAAAGUCAGCACUUUGAUUUAAAGAGUGGGCCCCAAACCCUUCCUUGGACCAGGAAAGUCUAUGAGUUCUACAAUGCUCCAAUUGUCAAGUUUUGGUUUUAUACGAUGGUGUACUUGGCAUUCCUUAUGCUGUUCACUUACACCGUGUUGGUGGAGAUGCAGCCCCAGCCCAGCAUGCAAGAGUGGCUCGUUAUUAUCUAUAUCUUCACCAACGCCAUUGAGAAGGUCAGGGAGGUCUGUAUUUCAGAACCUGGGAAAUUUACUCAAAAGGUGAAAGUAUGGAUUAGCGAGUACUGGAACCUAAUGGAAACUGUGGCUAUUGGUCUGUUUUUGGUGGGAUUUGGCUUUCGGUGGGGUGACCCACCUUUCUACACAGCAGGAAGACUGAUAUACUGCAUCAACAUCAUAUUCUGGUUCUCACGGCUCCUAGACUUCUUUGCUGUGAAUCAACAUGCAGGUCCCUAUGUGACCAUGAUUGCAAAAAUGACAGCAAACAUGUUCUACAUUGUGAUCAUCAUGGCCAUCGUCCUCCUGAGCUUUGGAGUGGCACGUAAAGCCAUCCUUUCACCAAAGGAGCCCCCAUCCUGGACCCUCGCCCGAGAUAUCGUAUUUGAGCCAUACUGGAUGAUAUAUGGAGAAGUCUAUGCUUCAGACAUAGAUGUUUGUUCAAGCCAGCCAUCCUGCCCUCCUGGUUCUUUUCUUACUCCAUUCCUGCAAGCUGUCUACCUCUUCGUGCAAUAUAUCAUCAUGGUGAACCUGUUGAUUGCUUUCUUCAAUAACGUUUACAUAGAUCUGAAAUCCAUUUCAAAUAACCUGUGGAAAUACAAUCGCUAUCGUUACAUCAUGACCUACCAUGAGAAGCCUUGGCUGCCCCCACCUUUUAUCCUGCUGAGUCACAUUGGUCUCCUGCUUCGUCAUCUUUGCCAGCACCAAACUCCAAAUGACCAAGAAGAGGGUGAUGUUGGAUUAAAACUCUACCUAAGUAAGGAGGAUCUGAAAAAACUUCACGAUUUUGAAGAACAGUGUGUGGAAAAGUACUUCCACGAGAAGAUGGACGAUCUGAACAGUAGUUGUGAGGAACAAAUCCGAGUGACAUCAGGAAGGGUUACUGAGAUGUACUUCCAACUGAAAGAAAUGAAUGAAAAGGUGUCUUUCAUAAAGGAGUCCUUAUUGUCUUUGGACAGCCAGGUGGGACACCUGCAGGAUCUCUCUGCCCUGACAGUGGAUACUUUAAAAGUCCUUUCUGCGGUUGACACCUUACAAGAAGAUAAGGCUCUCCUGGCCAACAGAAAGCAUUCUACUUGCAGAAAACUUCCCCACAGCUGGAGCAAUGUCAUCUGUGCAGAGGUUCUGGGCAGCAUGCCACUCUCUGAGAAGAAGAAGUAUCAGUGUUACAGCAUGCCCCCUUCUUUGCUGAGGAGCCUGGCCAGAGGCUGGUAUCCCCCACGAGGACAGAAAGGACCCUUUCUUGAGAUUACAGAUCAAGAGACUUCAAAUGUAAGAGAUGACCAAGGAGAGCAAGACAUGGAAAAUCGUGUCGUUGCUUCUGGGGUGAUGCUGAACAGACACGCACACCCAAAGUAUGGCCAAUAUCUCCUGGUCCCGUCUUAUCUAGAACAAGUUUCUUAUUCUGCAAAAACUGACUUGCCUCUGUCCAGACCAUCUGCGGAAGCACGAACAGAUGGGCUGACAACUGAACACUUCAGGCAGGCUGAGGUCCCUGUUCACCUCAUGUGGCAGACUCCGGGUGUCUCAGCCCAGGGCACCAUGGUGGAAACCAAGGAGCAGGGUGAGUCACUUGCUCAGAUACCAGCCAGACCAGAUGAGGGGGAACACGUGCUCCCUGCUUUGAUUUGCCCACCUGCACCCACGAGAGUGACCUCCCUCCCUUCCCAAGUCAAGAGCAUGGAAUCUGGAGGUGGAUAUGUGAACUGGGCGUUUUCAGAAGGUGAUGAAACUGGUGUGUUUAGCCCCAAGAAACAAUGGCAAACCAGCGUGGCCUCCACUUGUAACCAUGACUCCAGACAGAGUGAACAUGGCCGGAGGCAGAUCCGGGGCAGAUCCCUGUCUGAUAACUCGGCAAGAUUGGCCCAGAGGGAUUGCUCAGAAGUACUUCCAUGGCUCCAGCCAAACACAUCCUUUCGAAUCAGUCUGCUUCGGACAGAUAAGCCCUUCACUGGGAAUCAGAGCUUGAGAUUACACAAGGAGGAGAAGCUGAAGAUCUCUAAGAUUAAAAAUCUAUCAAAAUUCUCAGAGAUAGGACAGUCAAAAUGGAUCAAAACAAAAUUGCUAACCAAGGAUAGGAAACUGUCAAAGAAAAAGAAGAAAACACAAGGACUACAGGUGCCAGUCAUAACAGUCAACUCCUGCUCUCAAAGUGACCAAUUGAACCCAGAGCCCGGAGAAAAUAAGAUCUCAGAAGCACAGAAGGGCAGCAAGAACUGGAUUCCAGUGUCCAAAUUUAGUCAGAUAAGUCUAGAAUCUUACAUAUAUCAGAAAAUGAAAACUAAAGAAGCUGAACGACAUCCUGUGCAAGCCAGUGGCUAUGUAAGGCAGUCUCAAGAGGAUCUUAGCAAAAGCUCUUUGUGGGAUUCCAGGAGCACCACAGUCAAUAGGAAGUCUCAGUUGAGAAGUUCAAAUGGAGUUAACAAAAUCUCAGCCUCCUUAAAAAGCCCUCAAGAGCCUCACCAUCAUUAUUCAGCCAUUGAAAGGAACAAUUUAAUGAGGCUUUCUCAGACCAUACCAUUUACACCAAUCCAACUGUUUGUAGGAGAAGAAGUAACGGUCUACAGGCUGGAGGAGAGUUCCCCCUUGAAUCUGGAUAAAAGCAUGUCUUCUUGGUCCCAGCGGGGGAGAUCUGCUAUGAUCCAGGUGUUGUCCCAGGAGGAGAUGGAUGGUGGCCUCCGCAAAGCCAUGAGAGUCAUUAGCACCUGGUCUGAGGAUGACAUCCUCAAGCCAGGGCAGGUUUUCAUCGUGAAGUCCUUUCUUCCUGAGGUUGUGCAGACGUGGCAGGAAAUCUUCCAGGAGAGUACUGUGCUUCAUCUUUGCCUCAGGGAAAUUCAACAACAAAGAGCUGCUCAAAAGCUGAUCUAUACCUUCAACCAAGUAAAACCACAAACCAUUCCUUACACUCCAAGGUUCCUGGAAGUUUUCUUAAUUUACUGCCAUUCAGCCCAGCAGUGGUUGACCAUCGAGAAGUAUAUGACGGGGGAGUUCCGGAAGUACAACAACAACAAUGGUGAUGAAAUUGCCCCCAGCAACACCUUGGAGGAGCUGAUGUUGGCUUUCUCUCACUGGACCUAUGAGUAUACUCGGGGAGAGCUGCUGGUUUUAGAUUUGCAAGGUGUUGGAGAAAAUUUGACAGAUCCAUCUGUAAUAAAACCUGAAGACAAACAAUCAAGAGGAAUGGUGUUUGGACCAGCCAACUUAGGGGAAGAUGCAAUUAGAAGCUUCAUUGCAAAACAUCGUUGCAACUCCUGCUGCCGGAAGCUCAAACUCCCGGACUUAAAAAGAAAUGACUACUCUCCUGGAAGGAUAAGUUCUGCCUUUGGACUUGAGAUCAAAAUAGAACCAGCUGAGGAGACUCCAGCGGGCGAAGAGGGUAGUAAUUCUCCAGAGGACCUCACACGAUUGUAAAAAAAAAAAAAAAAAACAGAACAGAAGUAAGAAGAUGACAGCCUUUGCCCUGCCUUCCAUGAACUCUAUGGUAACAUAGAUUGGGGAUAUAACAUUGAUGAUGUCAGAGCCUCUGCCAGAACGGCCUUACCCCGAGGGCCUUCUGGGACAUGCCUUCCGAGUCUCAGGUCUCUCUUGUCCAAGGACUUCCCUGUUGUUUGAUGAAUGGGUUUUCCUAGACAUUGACCCUUGUGCAGGGUUCAUCAUGCCCAAGUUGCACAGGAAGACAUUUGGAUGAAUCAACUGGGAAAGCUGCUCCUUCAUACCUCAUUCCUUGGUGCAGAAUGCUGGGCACUUAAAAGAACCAGACAGAUUAAUUUAUUUUCUCACUCUGUGUGCAGACUCUAACCUCCACUGCUAUUCAUCACCUAACCCCCAUAUUGUAUUUAUGUAUAUAGUUGUACAUAAAAAAGUCACUUGACUUCCUCCUCUCUCCUUUCCAGCAGCAUAGGGCUUUAUAUAGUGACAGAAGGGAAAACAAUAGAGAGAAGGUGUACUUGCACAGACUGGAGGAUGCUCCUGCACAAACCAGUCAGUGAAAAGGUAGCAUCCUAGUGCUAUCUACUGAGUUUGAGUAUCAUCAGUGGAUCAUAUAAUCACUGGGCAUUUCAGGUUUCUCUAGAAGAGAGGAAAGGGAAAUCUAAGACAAAUGCCCUAGCAUUUUCUUUUUUUUUUUAAGGGAACAAGAAUAUAUAAAACGAGCAAUUAUUAAGAAAUGUUUUCCCUUCCCUUAAGCUCAGGGACACUAUUGGUUAGAGAGUUGAGUAAGCCAACCUCUUAAGAAUUACUCCCUUUUUUCAAAGCUGGGUAUAUAAUAUUACAAGCUGAAUUACUCUAUGUCAGGUCAUAUACGUAAAGAUGGGGUUUCUGAAUGAAAACCUGCUUUGAACAUUUUGAUUCAUUGCAGUGCAGAGUUCUGGUGGCUUCAAGAGUGCUGGAGUGUAUAGUUUAAGUAUGGCCUGAACACAUGUGAUCAGUUUCAGAAGCCUGAAGAAAGGGUCCCUGGAAGCCACACUGUACAACAUGUUUGGGCAAUCAGUCAUCCCUCUUUCACACUUAUCAAGGGUCACCCUACCUCAGAACAAGCACAAACUGUUCCCCCAAGGAGGACUUGAAGGGCUGGAUACCUCCCCCCGCCACCCCCCCAUCUCCUUUCCUCAUUAAAAAGCAUUCCAAUCUAUCAGCAACAAGCCUCCUGGGGCUUGAAAUUUUCACCUUAUCCUUACCGUUAGCCCUUACAUUAGCUGGCUUCCUUUCAGAUCAGUGCUCCUGUAUUCCUAGGUUAUACUGUGGGGAAAUGUUGCCCAAAGCUAGGGGGAUGGGAAGCCAAGGGUUUGGUUUGCCAAGGAUAGUGUAUGAUUUUUGUGAGAUGCAUGAUGGCUGAUUUACAGCCCCUUUACUUUGGUCUUGGGGGUGGUGGGAGGUGGGAAAUCUGGGUGAUUUCUUGAUUGGCAAUGAGGAUAAAUUGUUAAUGCUUCUUCAUAGCUUAACUGCUUUAUCCUGUUAUGAAAAUCAACAAGAGAUCUGUUGGUACUCACUUCAGAGCCGUGUUCAACUAUGGAAAGAGGCAAUUUUCAUAUCCAAGGCCAUACUAGAAAGCAUUAAUUCAUUGGUCAAAUAUCUGUUACCUGGAAUGGAACUUGAAAAAAUACAUUUUGAUUUUUCUUUUCUGUGUUGUGGUUUUGUGUCUCUCUUUUUAAGAAAAUAUCACCAGAAUAGCAUUUUAAAAAGAUGAAACCCUGGACAAAGGUCACCAUGGGAUAGCUGACAGGAAAAUACCAAUGUGAUAAUCAUGACUUUGAUUCAUGACCACAAAUGAAUGAAUUCAUUCAUUUGGUUAAUUUUAUUCAACAGGUAUUUAUUAAGUGCCUUCUCUGUAAUGUGUAAGAGAUGAGGGUGCAGUGCACAUAACAUUUCUUUGCCCUUAAAAAGUGGCAUGUCUUAUAUUUCUUUCUGUUUUGGUGGUUGUUCCAGGUUUGGAUUUCUGGUGAGUGCUGAAAAAUUUGACUUUUGGGGGAGUGUUGGACGCAGAGAUGUGUCCCAUAUUCUAUCUGCCAGUGAGCAGUAGGUUUAGACUGGGAUAUGAGAAUUAGGGCAAAUGAAAAGACAUAGCUGGGAUGGUUUUAGGAACCAUUGAGGAAAAAUGGACUGCAUCAUCCUUAUAGGAGCCCUAAGCCCAUCUCACAGAUGGCAUCUGAAUCUGGGGACCAGAGAAACAGCUAGGUUCUUGGGAGUCCUUCCUGAAGGCAUCCUGAGCACAGGCAUUCCCUUCUUGGGGCUGUGUGUUCCUAGGAUAACUUCUGCCCCAUGACAUCUUAAAGCUUCUAGUAAUAACUCUGGGGAGUGAGAUCAGAUAUAGUUUUGGGUCUUUCUCACCAUGCUAUUUUCUGUGGCCUUGCUAAACAAGUUCUGGGUGACUAAAACUUCCCUAACAGCCAUUUAAUGAAAAGUUGAAAAAAAAUUUUUGUUGUUGCUGUUUGUUAUUGUUUUAGAUGAGAUCACUCACACUCCAGAAGUCAGGACAUAGAUGUUCCCGUCGUGGCUUGUAGCCUUUCUCCAUCAGUCACCAGCAUCUACCACAAAGCUUGGCAUGUAAUAAGCUUUCAACUUUAUUUGUUGAAAGAAAUAAUAAAACCUUCACGUGAUAAUGGAUUUCAUUUACUAGUUAACAAAUCAGAUUUGCAUUUUUAAUCUAGAAGGGAAUGAUUACCAAUUCCUUAAGACCCAACACAAUUCUUUUGAUCUCUCUCUGUUUUAAUUUUCCAGGAAAUAGCUUUUAACAACCUACACCUUGUCUAUUGAAUUCUCAACCAGUUCUUGCCCUUAUCGUCAUGGCAAUAAUACCAGACUACCAUCCUUCUUACUGGUGACUAUUGAAAUGAGAUGAUAACUUCCCAGAAACUGCCUAGAAAUAAUCAUCACUUUAUUACCCUUUGAAAAGAAGAUUGAUAGAAAAGUCAUUUGAAAGAUGGUUCAUUACCAUGCCCUAGUACGAUUUCUUUACUCACAUCUCUCCAAAGCAUGAGAAAGGAAGGAUUAUUCUCUGAGGUCGGAAUUUGAAGGCUGUGUGUUUGCCUCUUUGAAGUCUUGGUAUUUAAUUUUCUGUAGUCAUUUCUUGGGCAAUUUUCUAAGAAACUAGUUGAAGCUAAUUUAUCAUAAGUUAAAGUCAAAUGACAGAAAAGAUUUUUUUCCCCCUUAACAGCAUUUUAUUCCACAGAGGUUAGCUUCUGAAGGAAAAUGAGACUUAAAUAGCAUUUCAAAUCUCCAGCCACAUGGGUGGGUACACAGAAUAGAAAGGGUUCUGGAAGCCACACUGUUUUUUUUAUUUAGCACAGUUAUUAUUUUGUGAGUUUUCUUCCUAGACCUUGAUGUACAGAUAAAGUAUAUUUUAGUGACAUGCCCUCCUAAAAAUAAUUAGUGAAGUUGCUUAAUUUUUCAAAAGGAACUUUAAGUCCUCAAGGGAUAACAACCCUUGAUCUCUAUCACUGGCAGAUUUGGUUUAAUUUUAUAUAUUUCUUUUAACCUUUCUUUUAGUCCGUAACUCUGAAAUGAGGAUGAGAUACUUACCUUUUCAAACAGAGGUGAACAAUAACGAGAGAGCAUUUAUAAAGUCCUUUGAGAAUCUCAUUUAAAAGCCUUCUUGUGAGCAUGGGAUCCAGUUCAAUAAAUAAUAAGGGGCUUUCAUUUUUGAUAUUAUGUGAUCAUUAUUUAAUGUUUACAGAGGAUGCUCAGUGGACUUGUUCUAGUAUAAACACAAAAGUGGUUUCUGCUGUUUCUCUUUCCAAGGGGAAAAAGCUCAUUGCUCCCUUUUUAUUUUCAAGCUUAAUUAAGUGGUUCAAAAUCAUGAUGUUCACCAUUUCACAGUGUCUCCUACUUAUUUUCUUUUUGAUGGAUUUGGGUUUACACAGCCAAAGUCUUUGGCCACCUUCUGCCCAAAGAAAGCCUUCCAGGAUAAGUAAAGCCCAAAUCUGGUACCAUCAUUGAUGAUAUUUUUAAGAAUGAAAAAAGAGCAGGUUUAGAAUCUUGGUAUUUGUAAGGCCUGAUGUUUUAUAAAAAAAUUAAUUAAUGCUGAUUUAGAUUUUGUCAGUAUAGGGCUGUUUAGUAAUAGGAAAAUUCUGGCCUAUGGCUUGUACAUCUUUUAGUAACUAACUUCCUUCAGCAUUCUCAUCUUCCCCUAGUGGUUUUGUUCAUUUGUUUGUUUCACUUUGAACCUUUACAAAUUCCAUCUGCUACUAAUAAUCAGAAAGUUCAUGCAAUUGUUAUGGUAGAAAACCUUUGGCUAAUGACUGUCCCAAUGUGGACAUAAUAAUAACUGCCUUUCAUUGGAGGAAUUUGGGGGGAAUCAUCAUUGGUAUCAUGUGAUUGCACUUUGGCUUGUAAUGAAUCUCUUUCUUUGUUCCGUAUUGGUCACCAGUAAGAGGUCACAGAACCUCAGGAUGCUUUCGUAACCUAAAGAAAUCCUUGGUGUGUGUUCUGGGUUGAAUCGUGUCUCCCCAAAUUUCAUGUGUGGAAAUCCUAACCCCAGGUACCUUGGAAUAUAAUUGUAUUUGGAAAUAAGGUAUUUACAGAGGUAAUAAAGUUUAAGUGGGAUUA